AUGUCACGAUCCCUCCUUCGUCGAGCUGCGCGGGCGCGCUUGUCACCGACAGCGAAUCCCGCCCCUCGCCGGCAUGCUUCCUCAGUUACAGCUUUCAAAUGGGAGGACCCUCUCAACCUGUCAAACUUUCUCACCGAGGAAGAACAAGCGAUCCAAGAAACGGCACACUCGUACUGCCAGGAGCGCCUGCUACCCAGGGUUCUGGAAGCCUACCGCAAGGAGGAUUACGACAAGACAAUCUUACAAGAGAUGGGCGAGCUAGGUCUCCUGGGUGCCACAAUAAAAGGUCACGGAUGUGCAGGCGUGAGCAAUGUAGCUGCUGGGCUGAUAACGCGGGAAGUGGAAAGAGUUGACUCGGGUUAUCGGUCAGGCAUGUCUGUCCAAAGCUCCUUAGUUAUGGGACCUAUAGAUGAGUUUGGAUCACAAGAACAAAAAGACAAAUUCUUGGAGAAGCUGGCCAGAGGCCAACUGGUUGGCUGUUUCGGUCUGACGGAGCCCAAUCAUGGCUCCGACCCAGGUUCUAUGGAGACAACUGCGAAGCCACAUCCGUCCAAGGAAGGAUACUUCUCGCUCUCGGGCGCAAAGACCUGGAUCACGAACUCGCCAAUCGCGGAUGUACUGCUUGUGUGGGCGAAAUUGCAAGAAACAGGCAAGAUCAGAGGGUUUUUGGUCGAGAGAGAGAAGUGUCCUCCAGGAACACUCGAGACACCACCCAUAAAGGACAAAAACGGACUUCGCGCAUCGAUAACGGGCAUGAUCCAGCUCGACGAUUGCCCCGUCCCCAAGGAAAAUAUGUUCCCCGAUGUUGAAGGUCUCAGAGGUCCGUUCAAUUGCCUCAACUCGGCACGGUAUGGCAUCGCUUGGGGAACCAUCGGUGCCCUCGAAGACUGCAUCAGCCGGGCCAGAGAAUAUGCCCUAGAAAGGAAGCAAUUCAAGAACAACCCCAUUGCCAAGUAUCAGCUCGUUCAGAAGAAGCUGGCCGAUGCUGCCACAGAUGCGGCUUUUGGGCUUGCCGCUGCAUAUCAAGUCGGCCGUCUCAAGGAUGUGGGCAAAGCUCUUCCAGAAAUGAUUUCGAUGAUCAAGAGACAGAACUGUGAUCGAGCGUUGGUGAAUGCCAGACAUCUCCAGGAGAUAUUUGGUGGAAACGCCGUCAGCGACGAGUACCACAUUGGGCGUCACGUUGCGAAUCUGUUUGUGACGCAGACAUAUGAAGGGCAGAGUGAUAUACACGCCUUGAUCCUGGGCCGUGCUAUUACUGGGCUGCAGGCAUUCUGCUAA